AUGACUACAGGAAGUUUUCCACCUUAUGCACGAAUGAUCGGUGAUAAAUUUGAUGUUUCAGCUUAUUGUCGAGAACCAUUAGUUACUGCACUUGAUCAUUUAUCAAGUGUUAAAUUUGCAGUAUUUUCUUUAGUUCGUCCAGCAUUAAAAAUAACUGCUCGAUCAUUAUUUAUUGAAGAUGAAACAAUAACAUUUUCAAAUAUUCUAUCACAUUUAAAUUCUGAUACACCAAUAUCAGCUCCACCACCAGAAGCUCAACCUCAACGACCAAAACGUUCAUUUCCACAACGGUUAAUACAUUUUGUUACUGUUGGUAUACCAUUGGCAAUUAUUGUUGGUAUACUUGCUGGAAUUCUUCAUUUAAUUAAAAUUUUUUCAAGCGACGUGACAACUGUAAUUACAAAUGUAUCUCAAUUAUAUUCAAUGAGUCAACGUGAUGUAAAAUUUUAUAAAGAAAAUCCACAAUUACUUCCAUCACGUAAUAUAGCUAUUGAUGGAAUUAUUAAUACAGGUUUAAGUUUUUAUACACGUCGACUUAUUUAUAGAAAAUUAGGAAUGUUUUCAUUUAUUGCCAAACCAUUUAUGACACUUAUUGAGAAACUUCUAACAAAACGUGUUAUUAAAUUUUUUGAUCAAAUUGAUAACCUACGAAAUCGUUACAAUAAUCGAACAAUGCAACCAUCAGCACCAAUGGCACCGUCAGCACCAAUGCCACCUUAUUAUAAUGAUAAGCCUGAUGAGUUUAAAUAUGACUAG